AUGGAGAGGCCCCUCAGCGGCGCUGUGCUUUGCUGCACAUCCAUCCCACCCGAGCAAAGAACUCAUAUGGCCGAAGUUGCCAUCCAGAUGGGCGCAGAACACAAGCUGGAUCUAACAUCCGAUGUCACCCACUUGAUAGUUGGGGACAGUAGCACCCCCAAGUACAAAUACGUUGCUCGAGAAAGAGAAGAUGUCAAGGUCCUCCAAUUAGAAUGGGUCGAAGCUGUGCGGCAGGCCUGGAUGCAAGGCGACGAGUUCAACCUUGAAGCGUUGGACGAAGAGUACCGACUACCCACAUUUGCUGGUCUGAGGAUAUGUGUCACCGGAUUUGAAGACUUGACUUUCAGAGCGCGGCUUCAGGAAGAAAUUUCGGCCAAUGGAGGGGAAUAUCGUGGAGACCUUACAAAAGAAGUCACCCAUCUCAUUGCAUUUGCACCAGAGGGAAAGAAAUAUCAAUAUGCUACACAAUGGGAAGUCAAAGUUGUCGAUCUCAAGUGGCUGGAAGACAGUAUCGAGCGUCGCAUGACCCUCGAGGAAGACUUCUAUCAUCCCACUAUCGCGAGGGACAAGCUCGGGGUAGGAGCAUGGAAUCGGCAAGCCAGAGCCAUUAUCCAGCUGGGCAAACGCCCCCGUGAUGAGGAGGUCGCACCAGAUGUGCCUCGAAAGCUAAGAAGAACAGCCAGUGUGAAAUUGGGAAGCCAGAGUGAAAGUCUUUGGAGUGAAAUUGUAAGUGGCCCGCCAGGCGAAGAUCCGGCAAGGAACGAAAAAUUGCGGCCCUCAAAAUCCCUCCCAAUCCUGAAACCUGGGGUAUUGGAGCCGAAAUCGUUUGCCACCGAUAGUACAGCGGCGGAGGAUGACACAAAAAGACAGGCCACAAAAGAGUUGGCUGUCGUCGAUCAACAGUGUAAUCGAAGAGGAAUAUUUGCCGGGCUGGGGAUCUAUCUUUUCGGCUUUACUGCGAGACAAGCAUCCAUUUUGCGAGAGCACAUCCUCAGCAAUGAUGGAGAAGUACUUGAAUCUCUGACAGACUCAGCCUCUAGUGCGACUUCCCACUUGUACAGGCUAUUUCUCAUCGUCCCCCACUCGCAUCCAUUCUCUGAUAUACCUUCUGUGAAGCACCUAGAUUCCCCACCAGAAGUCGUCACAGACAUGUGGGCGGAACGUUGCUUGCAGUCCAAACAGCUAUUCGAGCCCGAUGAUCAUAUAUUGAGUAGGCCGAUUCAGGUUUUCCCAAUCCCUGGUUUCGAAAAUCUCGUCAUCAAUUCGACUGGCGUAGCCGACAUCGACCUCCUCCACGUGUCCAAGAUUGUGGUUCUGCUAGGCGCAAAGUACGACCAGGUCUUGAAGACUGGCAUAUCAGUCCUGCUGUGCAAUCCAGUUAAAGCCUCGGGGGAGAAGUUGCGACAUGCGCGUGGGUGGCACAUACCAGCAGUAUCAAUUGAAUGGCUUUGGACAUGCAUCCGGCGGGGAAUAUUACAACCUUUCCAAGCAUUUUUGCUCAAAGAUGGACACAAGUCAGAAGAGAUCAUCUCAGACAAGAAUGCCACGGCCGCAGCUGCACGACCUCAAACUACACGGACAACAGUCCAAGGAGGAGUUGCCGAGCACAGUCAGCAAGUAAAACCAGUAUGUCCUGCAAUGAGUCCUGUGUGCCGGGAGGCCCUUCCUAAGAAUGGUGACAGUCAUGCCGCCUCGAAAACGCCAAAGCCGAAGCUGUUACCUGGAGAAGGAUUUGUAACGAGCCCACAGCCCAAUAAGGACAGGAGCAGGACUCGGGGCAAGAUUUAUGCCCCAAUGAAUCUAGCAGCGGCUGCAAGCAAGCACGAAGCGCACGACAAUGGUGUCAAUGAUGAUGAGGGGGAUGGGAUUGGUCUGCCUCUGCAAGAAAUCUCUACUAAUUCCUCACCAAAACCCGAGAAAGCCGCGUCUCCCCGCAGACGAUCUUUGACUGGUCAUGGGGACGGUGAGUCCAGCCUGCCAGAUCACAAGCAGGGCGACGAUACGCCAUCAGCACCGGAAGCAACCGCAACAGGGAAAACGACUUACCUACCUCCGCGAGCAGAGUCAAUCCAUGGGGCCAUAAAAGAGCUACUAAAUAGGAGCAAAGCAAAGAAUACGACGACUGCGACGUCCAAUGGCGAAAACAAGACAAGGAGAUUACUGGGUCGCGCGCUGAGUAAUAUGUCCAACUCGUCUCGGGAGGGAAACAAUGUCCGAGCUUCGCGUGCCAGCUCGAUAGAUAGUGCCAACACUGACGGACUUGGCAGUGUCAUUCUGGACGAGAUUUCUGAAAGCAGGCGUAACAGUUCUGGUGCAGUUAGAAGAGGUAGCUUUACUGGUCGUGCUUUUGCACAGGAACGAGGCGUCACUGGAGCUUCGUGGGAUUUGGGAGAUGCGGCACUAUACCGUGAGGAAUAUCAGGAGGAAGAAGAAGCGCCCCAGAUGACUCAACUCGGAUAUGAUAACCCUGACGAUGCGGUGGCUCUCAGAGAAAUGCUAGCUGAGAGAAGAAGGAAUCGGACUCGCAGGGGUCAGGAGGAUGUCAAGCCGCCGGACACGAAGGAGGGAAAGAAGAUCAAGGAUGAUUUGAAGGUUAUGCCAGCAGGAUGGGGUACCGGCAGGAGGACCAGACAGAAGGCGCGAAGCCCUUGA